UCUUGCUUAAGAAGAGACGGAAGGGCAACUAUCCAAGGGCGGUGGAAGGGAAGCGAACGAUCGGUAUGGGAAUCGCCGGCAAUCUGACCGCAGAGCAGCUUGACUUCUUUAAUGUCAAUGGUUAUUUGGUCGUCGAAUCGUUCUCGGGCUCCGAGGAGAUCAAGGAGAUGAGAGACCGGAUGGAGGAGUUGUUGAACGGGUUUGACGGCUCCUACUCGUCCAUUUUCUCGACGACGAACCAGCAGAAACAUACGGAUGCUUACUUCUUUGAGAGCGCAGAGAAGAUCUCCUUCUUUUUCGAAGAGAAAGCAUUUGGAGAUGAUGGAUGUUUGAAACAGCCAAAGGAGCUCUCCAUAAAUAAAGUUGGUCAUGCCCUACAUGAAAUAGAUCCCGUUUUCAAAAAGUUCUCAACCUCAGACAAGUUGUUGGGCAUGCUUUUUUCAUUGGAUUACAAGAAACCUGUGGUUAUACAAUCCAUGUAUAUCUUUAAGCAACCAGGCAUCGGUGGAGAGGUCACUCCACACCAGGACAACUCAUUCCUGUACACAGACCCUCCCUCUUGCACAGGAUUAUGGCUGGCACUAGAAGAUGCAACCAUCAACAAUGGUUGUCUGUGGGCCAUUCCAGGCUCCCACAAGAAUGGUCUGAAGAGGAGGUUUAUUAGAGAUGAAAAUGGAGUACACUUUGAUGAACCUUCACCAUCCUAUGAUCAGAAAGAUUUUGUACCAUUAGAGGUCAAAGAAGGCGCUUUAGUUGUUAUACACGGCGACCUUAUCCAUCAAAGUUUCGAGAACAAGUCGUCCAAAUCAAGGCAUGCCUUGAGCUUGCAUGUUGUAGAAACCCAAGAACAUGAAUGGGCAAAGGAUAACUGGAUUCGAAGAAAAGUUGAUCCAGUGCCACUUUAUGCUCGUUAACUCGAGCAGUCAAGAACAAGAAACAAGUGCCCCUCAAAAUAAAACGGGUGAAUGAAUUCCGUGGGAAUUGACCCUUAUCCAGUGAAGCAAUUUUGCAUUCUGAGUAUCAACUCAGUUACACCUGUAGACGUUCUGGUAAUGUAGCCCAAGCUGGCAUUUUGUAUUGUUUUGUAUUGGUCCCAAUGGUUGCUCUCGAUGUUAUGGUGUAAUGGUAAGAGGUAGGACUGACUUCUUUGGUAAUGAGUGUUUAAAUUUCACACAUGACACAUUACAUUUGGAGAGUUUGAAAAUUUUGUAACGUUGGAUUCUCCGCUCGAUUCAUGUGUUUAAAUUUCACACAUGACACAUUACAUUUGGGGAGUUCGAAAAUUUUGUAAUGUUGAACUAUUUGCUUGAUCCAUGUGCUUCUUCUUGAUUUAUCUUGAUAAUUAAUAAAAAUAAUUUUG